AUGAUUAGAUCUUUUCUACGUCGUCAUCGUCUUUUACUUAUUAAUGUAACAUCAGCAUCUGGCUGUCUUGCCACUAGUGAUUUCUGUGUACAAAAUUUCUACGAAAAGAAAAACUCGUUAGACGAUAAACGUCUUGUCGCAGCUUUGGCGACUGGAGCAGUCAUGGGUGCUGAAGCACAUAUUUGGUUUCCAUUUCUUGAUCGUUUGAUUGUUCAUCCAUCAUGGCGUAAUGUUUUUAAAAAGGUUCUUCUCGAUCAAACUAUGGCAGCACCUAUAUUUACACUAACAUAUAUUGUUGGAACUUCAAUUCUUGAGGGUCGAACAUCAUAUCGCGAAUUAGUAAAAGAUACUCAAACAAAUUUUCUUCCGUUAUAUAUUGCUGAUACUCUCAUUUAUAUACCAAUUCAAAUAGUGAACUUCAAAUAUAUACCAGCGUUCUAUCGUGUUCCAUUUUUAUCAUUUGUUGCAUUCAUUUUUGAUUGCUUUAUUUCAGCAUAUAAACAUAAACCCCAAGAAAUACACGUGCAUACCAAACACGAAUAG